AUGCUGUCGCACCAAGUGUCUCCUUUUGAGGGUUCCCCAACUUUGAAUUCCCGCCCUGGACAUCAUCAUCAGCAACAGCACGGUGGUGCUCAGUACCACCCUUCUUCUAGACAGCAGCAACAGAUGUACCACCAACAAGCGCAUGGGGGUGUAUUAGCCAAACCUCAACAGCAGCGACCUCUUUCUGGUGGCAACAUCAACACCGCCAACAACAAUGUCAAGCGACGGAUACCAAAGGAGAAAGCACCCAAGGGCGAUCGAGAGGAGGUAUGGCCGCCAGAAGUCGAAAGCGCAUUCAUGAAAGCGCUUGAAGUGUUACCAAAACUGGGAAGACGCAAGGUGUUGGUGAACGGAAAGCCCUGUGGACGGAACGAGCUGAUUGCCGACUUUAUCUACCAGGAGACGGGCAAAGUCCGAGAUCGCAAGCAAGUCUCGUCGCAUAUCCAGGUCUUGAAGAAUACCCGCAAGAAUGAUCCCGAAUUUAUGAAGCUGUUGUUGGAUGUUGGAGAUGGUGAUGAAGAUAUGGGGCCAGAGUCGACCAUCAAUAUGGGAUACCUGUCAUCUUCUCAGAGCCCCAACGCGACACCUCAGCUGCAGAACGAUCCCUUGGAGUCCACUCUCUUUGAUAGCCGUGGUAUGCAGCACCACCUCUCACACGAUCCAUCGUCACCCUUGAGCGCACACCCUCAUGGACAGGACGGCUACGGUAGUUACGCAGAGUCACUCAAUACGUCAUCAAGUGCGUACUAUCGUCAGCAACAGUUCCAUGGAUCGUCUUCGGGAGUCAUGGACCCGACUGCCUCGGACCAUUUGUAUGACGACCAGACGUCGGUUACCACCCCGGAUUCGGCGAUUUCGUUGUCGUCGCAUCAUAGUGUUCAGGAUCCGACCACUUUUGCAAUGCUGGAUCCCUUGUCCAAGGAGCCUUUGCAUUUGUCGAAUACCCAUACGCCGGAUGUUAGACAGAGGGAUCUCUUCAGGUCGCCUCCGCCACACCCCAUGCCUCAUCAUUACUCUCAGCACUCUCAGGAACCCUCUUAUCCGCUCUGGCCUACAGUGUUCCGGCUCUUUACGCAGUACCUCUCCGCAGAGAACAAGCACCACCAUUUCUCCUCCAACGACUACAACUCACCCCCAACGUCGGGCGUCCAAAUCCAUGACCUGGCACGGCUACAGGAUCUGAACCUGAACAAUUUCGGUACCAUCAACAUCCACCACCUCCCCUCAGAGAAGUUCCCACACUUGCUGGAUCUCUACCAAAAGGUCGCGUGUGAGUUCUUGUUGUUCAAGAUUAGUAUGAACCUCGAUCUGGAGUUGGAGGGGGGCACGUUUGAGAACUCUUGUUUGUUCGAGUUGAAUGAUCCUCAGAGGACGGUUCGGUGUUCGACGUCGAUUUAUUCGUUUGGGGCCAAAGUCCUCGAGUCUACCGAAAUCAAGCAAGGGAAUGGAGGUGCUGUUGCGAUGGCCGGAGGGGGAGGGAUUCAGAAAGGUGGUAUGGGGUUCCAGUUUGUGAACCAGUUCUUUACGGCGUUCUUGAGUGGGAUCCGGACGUUGGGGACGUUGGAUGAGGUGCAGGUUGCGCUGGGUAACCUGUCGAUUGUGCAGAUCUAUGAGGAGGUUGAUCCUGUUACCGUGGCCUCCGGGGCUGCUGCUGCUGCCGGAGCUGCGGGGGUUGCUGGAGGGGGUAAUAGUGAGGAGAAUGGUGGAUCCCCGUUAUUGGUGAUGGCGUUUGAGUUCCAGCAGGGUGGUGGUAGUGUUGUCCCUUAUUUCGUUACUGAGGGCUUAGACAUGCUCGACUCUCUCAUGUGCUAG